CUUGCGCAAGCGCCGCCCGCCCAGCAUCCCGCGCCCGCCCGUAAAAUGCGCAUUCGUGAAACACAACUCAAGUAAUAAAGGUGUUCGACUCUUUUGUUCAGUGAUAAUUGUUUAUAACUCGAAAUAUUUAACAAAUAACUAUCUUGAAAGUAAUAUAUUUCAAAUACGUGUUUAAUUUUUACGUAAAAAAUGGGAAUGAUUUCGCGAGUGCGCGGACGUCUUCGAAGUGAUUCUUUCUCGAAGUUUCAUACACUUAAAUCUGAGGACAAAAUUGCCAAUAUCGUGUGGUUAAUAUCGUUAGUAUUUCUACUCCCAUAUUGGGCGCCCCGAGGACUACUGGUCGCGCUAGGAGGCGCAUGGUUAAUGGCAGCUUAUACUUGUCUGGUACUGCCAUUGCUUAUCUCUGCGAACUACCGUUAUCCUGCUAGGUGGUAUCCUGCCGUCGCAAAAGUCGUAAGAAAGAUCAUUCGUCGCCUUCGUGCUCCUACUGCAUGUGUACUCGGAGUCCUGAAAACGGCGUAUGCACCAAUUGAUCGCGCCGAGAAAUUAUUUCUUCAAAUGAAUAAUCUUUCCACAAUGAUUAGCCAGUUACUCUUGUUUACUGCAUGUGAUCGCCUCUUAGUAUACCGUGGAAGACUGACCUGCCUCUACUCUUUAAUGUUCUACAAUGUUAUCACAUACUCAGUUAACUAUGUGCGCGAAAUUUGCACAAAAGAAGACUGGUCCCCGUACGUGAACGUGACUCGUCAUUCACAAGUAAAACAUCUCGCAAUGUCCGCAACCAAAAUAGUUUUGGAGUGGACAAAAGCAGUAACCUUCAUAGUCACGAUGACUUUCAUUCUCUUGACGCUAGGAUUAGAGCAAGGUUUGGAGCAUUUCCGCCCGACGGCCUUGUACACGAUCGUUACUGGGACUUAUUAUCUUCUAUCAGAGAAGACGUUCCUCGAAUUAUGGCCAAUUGCCUUAACCGCAUUGAAAUUAGAACGACUCGAAGGCAUGGAACCGCUAUAUUGCGGAGUUUGGGCUAGAGGUAUCACAACGGCAAUAGCAGUUCCUCUGGUCCCUAUGCUUGCGUGGAACGAGCGCUGGCGAUUAGCAUUUUUGAUCUUGUACAUUUGUAUCAUUGUGCACGGCCGCCACAGACUCGGUGAAGCAUUAGUAAAGUUGAAUGAAGCUCAGAGUUCUCUAGCAAGAUUCAGACGAGCGACUCCAGAGGAACUCUCUACUCUAGAAGACGUUUGUGCCGUGUGCCUUGGUACAAUGAAAUCAGCAAGAGUAACGCCAUGUGCACAUUUUUUCCAUGCAGAUUGCUUAAGAAAGUGCCUAGCGACGUCUGAUAGGUGUCCUAUCUGUGUAAGAGAAUAUAUGUUCUGUUAGAGAAAGCUUAGAAAUAAAAGACUGGUUGCUUAAGAUACGUAAAACAUUCUUGUUUGAAUUAUUCGAACGCGCCUUUUUGUCUGACACAUGUGUGAUAAAGUUUAUGAGGUAAGAUUAAAUAGGUAAAUAAAUACGAUACAUGAGUCACUAGAUUUAGUGACCUCUAAACGAUGAGAGUUAUAUUAAACUGUAUCGCAAACAGGAAAAUGUUAUGUUCUGUUUCUAUACAAUACGUUUAUUUGUACGUAAGUUUAUGCUUUUAUAAAAAUGUAAUUUAAUUUUACGGUUAUAGUUGUAAUCGCUUAAAAUAAUAAAAAAAAAACUUGAAAAUUAAAGAAUAUUCAACCACAGUUAAAUAAAUCAGUUUCACAACUUUCACAAAAUCAUUAAACUAUAUCGAAUAUGUUCUUUAUUAGUACUCCAUUAUAUGUAUUAAAAAAUGAUAUCAGUAUUAUAGAAGGUUUGACACCGGUAUAAAAAAUAUAUCCAAAAAUCAUGUGUUUUGGGGAUAGUGUUGAAUAAUAUACAUAAAUAUAAUAUAUUUUUUUAUUUUUCACUUCUUUAAAUAAGAUUUAUACAUUGAAAAACAUUUAUAAAAUAAUAUGAAAUACCAAAAAAAACAUUAUAGUAAUUAUAUUCAUUUAAUGUCGUAUAGGGAAUAAGUAUAUAAAAAUGGUGUUUCAGCAUCAGAUUCAUAAAAUAUAGUGUUCAUUUAAAACAAAACACAAAGGAAAAUGUUCUCCGUCUUUAAAUACUAUUGUGUAUAAUAUUAUAUACAUAUAUAUAAAUAUAUCAAUUAUUUAAUGUUAUAGUUUUGAACGGAUGAAGCGCAGCAUCACUAGACACUAGUACCUUUAUAUUUAUGUGCUGACUUUCAUGGUGAGUCAAACAGUGUCGAAGCUUUUUAAUCUCGAACAAAUAUAUCAACAUCAAUUUUUAUAUAAAAUAUUAAACAUUUAUGUAUGAACAAAAAAAACACAAUAUUUCAUACUUUGAAAUACUGUCAUCACAGAUAAAAUAUUAGUAAGCGUCUGUAACUUUAAUGGAUUUGUUACUAGACUUAAUUUAAAAUUCAUAUAUGUUUGUAGUUUCUGAGAUAUAUGUGAUGGCACAAGUGUCGACAGAUAGACUAGGUUACUAAGUUUCAUUACUAUGUUUUUUCAUUAUUAUUUAUUUUUACAAUAUUAUUUGUUUAAUUUUUUGUUAUAUAGCUAUAAAUUAACUGGAAUAAAAGCUUUGUGGUUUUGUCCUAGAUAUAUCUAAACUUCGAACACUCUCAUCAUCAUCUUGAAUAUUCGAUAAAAAUAUAAAUAUUUAUCAAUUG